AUGACUUCGACCAUGACUUCGACAUGCCCGACGACGGUGAGCACGGAAUUCGCACCCACAUCGCCUACACUGACAGGCAGUACAGCCACACCCGGCGUUUCACAGAUCUCGCCCUCCGACAGCUCCAUCUCGGGCUCGUGGGCCCCGCCUCACCCGCCGCAGGGCCCCGCCGCAGACGCCGGGUUCGUGCCGGAGGACCCAUCGGAUUUGGUGGACUGCCACGGCCACCCCGUGGGCGGGCACUGCCUCAGGCAGGCGAGCACCCCUGCAGGAGUCCGCAAGGCGCAAUGCUUCACGCGUGUCACAUUGCACGUCAGUUGCCGCAUUCAAUGA